AUUUUCUAAAUCAUCUCAAUCUAGUGAAACUUUGACUAUUGCAGAUAUAUUAGGCAAUAAUCUUAGAUUAAAUUCACUAAUAAUUGCAUCACUAUUAUUUGAAGAUAGAAUACAAAAAAAACAUAUCAGAGAAUCUACAAAUAAACCAUCUAAUAAAAAAAUAAAGAAACCAGUUAAAAAAGAAUCAGACAUAUUAGAAGAUCUUAUAAAAGAAUUAUCUACUGAACCUGAAACUCAAUAUUAUCGUUCUAAAAUAGAGAAAAAGGACUUUAAAGAGGUGUUAGAUCGUGUAAAGAAAGAUCUUCAAGAGAUUGCAAAUUCUAAUUCCGAUUUUGAUACAACUCGCAAAAAAAAAGCACAAGAAAUCAUCGAUAACUGGAAGGAAUGGACUAUUUCGAUAAAGAACCUGAAAAAAGAUCUGCGAAUCAAUAUUCAGGUAGAACAACAGAUACUUGCGUCUGGUAAUGCAAAUCAGAACAUUGGUACCAUAAACAGCCAUUGUACAGCUCUUGGAAAAUGUCAAAACGAUAAUUCCGAAGGAACUCCCAAAGGAAAACGCCAAGAUACGGGGGAUAGAGAAACUAUAAAUGAGCCUGUGGAAACCACUGAUGACCCGGAAAGUGAUACACAAACGAUUAAUACCAAACAAAACUUAAAUGAAAAACAAGUUGAAGAAGAACUUGUGAGACGGUAUAGUUUCAGAGAACGAAAGGAAACCAACUAUACUGACGUUUCAGGCUCAGAUAUAGAUCCAUAUCAUUAUCAAGCAUUUAGCUCCCUGUCAAACAACCCAGAUUCUUCGAUUAUAUCAUUAAAUAGGCCAAUCAUAUCUGAAACAACAUAUAAUCUAAUUUCUACGCAUAUAAUUUGCGCGUUCAACUCAACGUUACAUAUGGUCAAGGAAUCUGUCGAAGAAAACUUGUUUGAAAAGAUUGAAAGGCUUCUUAAUAUGCGAAACAAACUAAUUUUAUCAAAGCAAAUAAUGCAAAAGCUUGAAACGAUUUUUGAAGCAGAUUUUUCAGAAAUUACUUUGAAAAUAAUAACAGAGAUGGAAAGUGAAAAGAAUAUGGAAAAAACUGAGGAAUCACAAUUCCUUUUUUUCAUUAGGCAUGCCCUUCUCGAUUUCGUCACAAUGUUUAAAAAUCUGUUACCAAAGGUAUUGAAUCGGGAUAUGUCUGAAAGGACGUAUAUAGUUGAAUCUAUUUCACCUAUUUUCCGAUCUUUCAGAAAUGCAUUCCCUGAAAUUAAAUAUGAAUGGAUUGAGAAGGAUGUUAGAUCGGUGAAGAAAGCGGGAAGCAUGUUUGCAAUUAAUAUCAAGUCUUGGAAGACUGAUCUCCUAGUUAUAAGGCUCUCUGAUGCAACUGAAAUCUUACAUGUUGAAGUUUCUGGCCCGCCUUUUAAAGUGGAUAAAAAACACACGAUUGGCGACAUCAAAAAAUUGCUAAUGAUGGUGGCAAUUGGGGACAAAUUAACAUUAUUUUCUGUAUCACUUGUUGAUAAGAAGAAAUAUUUAGCCAUUGAAUUAGCUUCCUGUGUAAUUCCUUUUUCGUUCGAAGAAAUUGGGUGUUAUAUAAAAAUUUUUAAUUUUUUUGCUAUUAUAAGGAAUGAGUUCAAUGAACAAAAAAAACUUUUAAAAAAAAUUCAUACUUUUGUACCUUUGGUUGAAGAUGAUACCA